AUGAGCAACGGCGAGAUCCCCGCAACAACCCUCAACAUCCCCCAACUCCUCCUCGUCCUCGUGCUCGGCUUCCUCGCCGUGCGCUGGUAUCUCUCCGGGCCCCCGUCUUCAGCGUCGUCGUCCCGGUCAUCCUCACGCACACCACGCAUCGACUACGCACGCGUCGACCAAGUGGCACAGAUGUUCCCGCAGGCAGACCGACGCGCCAUCAUAUGGGACAUGCAGCGCAACGGCGGCAACGUGGCCGCGACGACAGAGCGGAUUCUGAGCCGUGGGCUGGAUGUGCCGCCGCCAUCCUUCCAACCUCCUCUCCCGCCGCAAGCAACGCCGUCCGGCGGCGCUGGUGCUCGCGCAAAUGCGAAAACUCCAGCUCAUCCCGACCUCAUAACGCGCUACAAUCUCUCGUCGAAAAUCACCCCGACAGGCUCGUCUCCGUUGGUCGACUCUGGCUCGGACACAUCGACGCCGGCCUCAACGCCGAGCAAGCCUAGCUGGUCGACCAACAAGACAGAACGGGCGCUGCAGUUGCAAAGGCGGCGCGAAGAGAUGAUAUUAGAAGCACGGAGAAAAUUGGAGGAAAAGGAGAGGGCGAAGACUGCGGUGGAUAAAGGGAAGGGGAAGGCAUGA